UACAUUUUUCAUAUGGUUGUCGAAGUUUAAUGUUGACUUUCUAAACAUUUGUCAGUAUUUUCGAACGAUUUUAACUAUUGUCGAUAUUCAUUGAUUGUAAUAAUGCGUUUUUACGUGAACCUAGUGGAUAAAUUUGUUACCAGUUUCCAGUGUUUGAUUUAAUUUUCGUACUUAUUCUUUAAAUGGUAGUGGUAAAAACUUGUUUUUUUAUUACGCAUAUUAUUAAACUUUUAUUAUAAUGAGUUUAAUACAAGCUAGUUUACUUUUCUUAAUAAUUGCCAUAUAUGAAGUUAAUACCAAAGAUUCUUGUAACAGCCAGAUAUAUCUGGAUUUGCAGGAACAAAUUCGAGUAAAACAUUAUUCACCAAAUGAAUGUCUUCAGUUGAAUUUUGAUGGCAAUGAAAAGCUUAAUUCACGUUUGGGUAAUGUGGGCUUGGAAAUUCUGAAGGAAAAUAAAUCUAUAUUUCUAAAUGUAUCCUUGAAUGAAAUAAAAUGGAACAGGGCUUAUCUAAAAUUAUCAGAAUUGAAUAGUGGUGCUAUCCUGUCAUGCAAAUCUUAUGUGGUUGGAAAUGGGCAGUUAUCUCAAAUUAUACAAGCCAGUGAUCGAUGCUUCAAUUUAACUGGUCAAAAUUCGUCGUUAGAUUACGAAAUUGAAUUUCGUGCCCAACUUAAUACUGAUGUACUGUAUAAGAAACUUGUCUUUAAACCUUUACACCCUGAUGCAUUUGAUGAUUCCAUUUCGUUAUCUAAACGGCCCAUAUUUACAAGUGUAGACGUAUCUAGUAACUAUGAAAUCAUUUUAAAGAUACAGCCACUUCCAACACACUAUAACAUAAUUUAUUAUAAAGUUGAAGUGUUUAAGGAGAAAGAUGAGUCUGACUUGUUGUUGGACGUCAGAUUGCUUCAACAUGGAACUAACUCCUUUGAGUACAUAACAUACAAUGAAGAAGGAUAUUAUUUUUUUAAAGUUAGUGCUAUUAGUAAGGAAUGUCCCGAGGAUAUGUGUAUGACGACUGUUUCUUCAAAAAUUUAUAUUAAAAGAAAAUACCCACCUUUAGUGAUAGGUAUCGUUGGUGCUAGUUUUAUGAUCCCAUUUAUUUUAUUUUUAUUUCACAUGUGGACUAGGAGAACGCAGCUUCAAGAUGAAAGCGAGCCUCCAAAAGAUCAAGUUUUUAUUGUUUACAACCAAACUCCCGAAACUCACUACAACAUUGUCAAAUUGUUGGAGAAAACAUUGAAAAGUCUGGGCAACGUGCAAUUAGUGACGAAAAUAAACGAGGCGACUCACAUCGUUUACGUUUGCGGAACGCACAUAUUCGAACCCGAUGCCUCAACCCACAAAUUCCUAGUGAUCGAGGCCAACAAGACCAUUUCCAACGUGGAAAUUCUAGUUUUAGCCUUUCCGUAUUCGACAAAAGAAAUUCCUCCCUAUUUAAAGAAAAGCUUGAGGUUCGAACUGAUGUCGGACUUUGGUAAGUUCAUUCACAUUUUUAACUGCGACGCCGAGUACGAGGAUGCGCCGCUCUACGCAGAACUGAACAAUAAACUAAAGACUGCGCAGCUUCACACGGAGCCGAAAAAGAUCGUGCUCAACAUGCCAAUAAUUAUCAUAACCGAACAGUCUGACAGUAGCGACACGGAGCCAAAAGAAGCGGACGUGUUACUUUAAACUGCUUGUUAUUUUUUAUAUAUUAUAAAGACUGGACCUAAAACAGAGUAAAGACUUACUUGCUUCUUAGCAUAUGGCGACAUUUUUAUGCAUUUCUGUUACCUAUACCAAAAGUUUUAGAAUCUUUGAUUUUUUUUGACCAUGUUGCUGAAGACUGUGAAUACUCGUAGUGUUGUAUGUGUCUUCUUUUCAUGAGACUAUAAAAUCAUAUACUCUAGGAGCUUAUUAUAGGAAAGAUUAUUUGUUUUAAAGUUUUAACCUAAGUAUGGCGGUUGGUAACGCCUUAUUUGACUAUAAAAAGGUGUAUACAGGCUAUCCCAGGCUGAGUUUGCAUUAGAAGUUUCUAUAUACAGGGUGGUCCGAACUGUAUUCCCGAAACUU